AAUUCACUUUUUAAAGCUUGAUAGUCUUAUGUAGAAAAUUUCAACAUAGCGAUCGUCCCUAGUACGAACUUCACAUGGCUCUAUACAAAUUGCAAAGCUUUUGUUAAAAUACUUACCAGGAGUGAUUUCUUAGUAGAAAUUUUCAAUUUAAAAAUUACUUGGUAGUGAUAGUCGCUUAAUUGAGACUUGAACUGAUACUCUCAUUUUAAGCGGAAAUAGAUCCGUUGACAAGUUAUUAAUUGUAUUGAAUGCGUAGCGCCCGAGUGGAAUUCCAGUUCGGUAUGCCGAAAUACCAAUUCGGAAAGAAUGAGGCUUCCUAGAAUACGGCGAUUUAAAUUCGUACGAAGUUCCGUCUUCAUCAGGAAAACCGAAACUCGACAUACCAAAACAUUUCCAAACUUGGUUGUCGUUAGAAAAGUUUCCGGCAUAUAUACAUACACGCCACCGUUCAUCAUACGGUUUCGAAUAAAAUUAAUCUACUUAGUAUUUAAUUUACAAUUCAAAUUAUUGAAAGAUGAUAAAUGAACUGAUACAUAAUCGUAAAGAGCGCUAUCUCUGUGUAGAUGUCUCAAUUUAUUGUUUAACGGGUCUUAUAUCAGAUGUCAUGAACACGUAUCCGAAGAUAUAAUGUCACAGGAUAUAAUGACGUGGAUAUAACGUUGCAAGAAUUCUGUGACGUAUAACCAGUCGUUCAAUUUUUUAAGAAUCAUCGUAACGUAGCAUGACAUACUCAUCUAUCGGACUAGCACAUCUAAAAAUAACAUUUUCACUAUUUAUUUCCCAAAUAAUUAUUAGUACGUUGUGUCUAUGUUUGCUUAUUAUAUGACAUUUAUCAAAACAGUCAUUGACCUGUUUAUCUUAAACAAGCGAAUUUAGUAUUUCAUAAAUAAACUAUAUACCGAUAUAAAGGUUAGUUGUAUAGUUAUUAUUUUCCAUUGGACUUCUCACAGUUUAGACAAAUAAGAAAACAACAGUUUAUUCCGACGAUACAUUUUUAUUACUUCAUUAUCUAUGAAUCAAUAAUGGAAAGUUGUGUAACCAACAUUUAAUACUAAGAAAUAAAUCGUAUGUUUACUGAUUAGAGCCGGACCUGUUUUUAGUAAUGCGUAGGACGAUAUAUGAUGUGGAGGGAAUAUUUCUAUCUCUCUCGCUCAUGAUAACGAAUACUCCCUCUAGCAUAUAUAUAAGUUGGCUGCUAAAGAGAUUGGAUAUUCAACCCUCAACUCGCGAGUGUAAGGACAAGUUUACGGGAGUUUAAUGUCAGUUGUAUUGAAACCUUACAUGAUUUAUGUAAAAUAAAAAGUAUUGGAUUCUUCAAAUUGUUGAUUUAUGAAUGUUGGAACGACUGGAACAUAUCGAAGACUUCAAGAAGUGUACGAAGACGCGGCAAUUUUCAUCAAUAAAGAUGAAUGAUGCGUGUUAUGAAUAUAAAUGUUCGAAUAUGAAGAAUGGAGAUCAAGAAUUACCAACGAUGGUGAAAAAAAAAACAGGCAGACCUAAACGAAACUCGAAUUCAAAUGAUGAGAUUGACAAACCUCUGAAUUUAGUCGUAACCUCGAAAAAGGAUGACAAAUCUGAAACAAAUCCUCAACCUAUGCUUGACCCCACAUUUUUCAUAGAACUUCUUACGGUCUUACGGAAUCUGCAUGCAGUUUCUGCUAACUCAUACACCCUGGUAAAUAACUUACGUCAAAUAAUAAUUGAUAAUACAGCAACAUUGAAAGAUCUAAAACAGUUAAUCGUCAAUAGCCGUAGUCCAAACAGCGAUAUUCCGACCACAUCUCAAUCAACAAACAUUAUAGUGGAAGUUGAGGAGAUAUCCGAAAAAAACAACAGCAAUCAAAAGCAACGAGAUGAGGAAUGCAAUGACCAUAGUGAUAAUGAGACUGAUGAAGUUCCUAAGAAAAAACGUUCUCAAAAGCGAAAAUUUGUUUUACCUCCAGAAUACGAUGAAAAUGACUCAAGAUGGACCUUAAAGCAUCGUCAAAUGGCUCCGGGACUUGUAGAACUCAUGCCCCAUACCAAUGUCUACAUCAAUGCCAUAAAGCUUAGUAAUUGCAAGAGAUUGUCAAAAGAUUGCAAAUCAUUGGCUCGAUUGUUAUUGGUCGAAAUUUUCACUAAGAGUGCAUUGACCAUCUGUUCAUUAACCGGGUCAAGAGCUAGAGCUUACGAUGUCGAAGGAGCAACUAUCAGACCAGGAUUAGAUGAAACUGCAAGAACAGUGUUGCUCACAUAUGUUGAAGAGUACGGCCGUGAGAAAGGUUGGAUUACAUUAGACACUCAAUCUAUUCAGAACAGUAUUCGUAAUAAAAUGCAAGAGUUUAGAUUUAAAUAUGGAUAAUAAGUUUGUUAUUGCACACAGCCAUUAUUAGUAUUAUGUAAAUAUUUGCGGGUAUUUGUUUUAAGUGUAUUUAUUUACUAAGAACUAGUUUGUGUCAUUAAAACAUUAUUGGCAAUCUUGUAAUAUAGUUAUCUGAAUAAAUUCUAUGAAUAUAAUUAGUAAGUUCCGAUGUUUAUUUUACCUUAUGCCUUUUCCGAGAACACUUUAUCUUUGUUUGUGGUUCAUUUAAUAAAAUGAUAUCCUUAUAGUUCUUUGAAUUCAAAAAUCCUCGAAUCCCGAUAGUUUACAAAUUAAUAUUCACAGAUGCAAUGUUCUAUCUAAAAAUAUUGUAUUAGUCAUCACUUAAAAUAAGGUCAUCGUUCAGUUCAUUCACUUCAAUUCUAUUAGAUUGUACUGAACAAUAGAUAAUGUAUGGUUCCAUAUGAUGAACUGUUCUUAAUUUAUACAGACUAAAACAUGAAAUUGUCAUCUAAGCAAUAGACAAUUUUGUUGUCUCCCAUAUGAAUAAUUAUUUUGUUAUUAUACGCAGUUGUCAUUACUAUGUAAACAUUCCCACGUAUUAUUUGUACAUGUUUGUUUUUAUUUUAAAGCUACGUUAGUCAUGAAGCAAACUUUGUCAUUUUAUUAAUGCUACGUUUGUAUUUCAUUUAAUGAUCCAAUCAAUUAACUACUUUUCAUUGUCCUCGUUACACUUUCCUGUUUUAAAUAUGUUACCGCAUUUGUAGUAAAUUCAUUUAUUCAAUUAUUCCCAUAUUACGUUGAACCCGAAAAUCCCCGAACCCGGUUAUGAUUUUCAAUUGGUAACUACAGUACCAGUUUUAUAUAUAGCACAAAGUAUCAGACAAAAGUUAUAACAAAAAAAAUAAUGUGUAUAGUUAUAUUCUGAACAAUAACAACUAUACAUUUGAGACUAAACAUAAACACGUUUCCCGAAGAUAAGAGUCGAGCACGGACUGCUUUGUUAUUUCUCGAAGCGACUACAUGAAUUGACAAUUUCCGGUUACUACUCUGAUAACAGAGGGUCAUAAAGGAAAUUGAUAUGGAAUAACCACUAACAUGCGCAGUAAUUAUUAUAUGUGAUAAAAACCGGAAAGUUCUGCAAUAUUUGUGAUAAUUGUGGUUUGUUACUGGCUAAUUAUGAACGGUAAUUAAGAGUUGAAUAACAACGCUGUUUGUGAGACGGUAAUAACUUAGCUAUUGUUUAACGAUCAAUUGAAUCAUUACGUCAUCCAUCAAGCAAACGCAUAACCAUCAGUCAAAUAAGUUAAAAUCCUCAUCGAAACCAAUACUUUUGGAUAAAAAUCUUCCCGACUAGAAAUUUUGGUGAGGCUUGCCGAAAAAUCAGUUUGGCUCGAACUAGGCUUGCCUAACUAAGGUAAGCCUAAUUCGUAUCUUGUCAGAACUUUAUGAGGCAAAACGAACAUUGGCAUGCCGAAAAUUUAACGUUUGUAACAAGUUGCACUCAGGCCUAACAUUGGAAUUCCUGACUGGUAGGUAGCAAUGGUAACUACACUCUAUAAAUAUAUAUAUAUAUAGAGAGAGAGACAAUUGUCACUACUUUUUCUGUUAGAAAUUGAUGUAAUCGGCCAAUACAUUUUUCAAGAAUAUUAUAUUGUGCGUUUUGGGAUUCCUGUCAAUAUUUUGACAAGUCAUAACAUUUCACAAAUUGUUGAUUGCGUAAAAAAUAACAAAGCUUUUCAUAUGUUUGGAUUUUUAUUAUAACUUUUUGACACUAUAUUACAUA